AGCAUGAAACAUCAACAGCGACCUUAAAGGUGAGGACUUUUCAAAAAGCUCCGCGGCAUCUCUUUCUCUCUCUAGAAUUCCUUUGAAUACACGCCAUCAACAUCAUCUCUGCCACAAAUUCAAGCAUCCUAAUCGAACUUCCAAGUAAAAUCAGCCAAACCCACCUACCAAUUCUCUCAAUUCGAACGAAAACCCUGAUUUUUAGACCCAAAACCCUAGAUUUGUUACUGAAUUCUAGUUUAGGAGUUGAGGAAGCUUUGUGAUCAGAAGAAACGUAAAGUAAAGAUGUUUGAUUCCGAUGAACAGAAAUCAUCCUCGAUCUAUAAUCGAUCUUACACCAUACAUUCCACUUCCGCCGGUUUUCCUGUUAAACCCUAUUCUUAUUCUUCUAUCCAACGCUCCGGAUCCGUCAAGAAAGUUUCCAAUACACCCUUCGAUUCUAUUAAAGGCAAGGUCAGGAAUCUCUGCAGCAUAUUUGAAUCUCCCAAAGGACCGAAACCCUCCUCCAACGAUUCUCAAUUUCAAACAAAAUUGAAGUCGGUGAAGUCAUUUUCUUCGUCAGACUCUAAUCUUUCGGUUCCGUCAUCUCCCUAUGAAUCUUCUCCUAUUCGAUUACCUGGGACAGAAGAUCGAGUUGUUAUUUACUUCACUAGUUUACGAGGAAUUCGAAGGACUUACGAGGAUUGUUACGCCGUAAGGAUGAUACUCAAAUUUUUUAGGGUUAUUAUCGACGAGCGAGAUAUUUCAAUGGACUCUGCCUAUAGGAAGGAGCUGUUGGGUGUAUUGGGUGAAAAACAAAACGUAAGUUUGCCUCAGGUUUUCAUCAAAGGCAAGCAUGUUGGUGGCGCUGAUGUCAUCAAACAGCUUCAUGAGACUGGUCAGUUGGCAAAGCUUCUGAAAGGGCUUCCAGUUCGUGCAAUUGGGCCAUGGCAGGUCUGUGAUGAAUGUGGGGAUGUUAGAUUCAUUCCUUGUGCGAAUUGUAAUGGAAGCAGGAAGGUGUUUGAUGAAGAUGAAGAUCAGUUGAAGAGAUGCCCUGACUGCAAUGAGAACGGCUUGAUUCGUUGCCCCACUUGUUGUUCUUGAAUCCCAUUGGUGAUUUCGAUUCCUUUAAACUGUUCCAUAUGAUUGUUAAAAACUAAAGCUUGGAAACAGAGAUUGGAGCUCUGAGUUCCUGCAUACAAUGUUGGUUUGUUUGUCUGGUCUGUUGUGGGGUUGAGGAUAUAUGUUCAUCCUCUUUAUGAACAAGAUUGCUAAAUAAACCCCAUACUGUAUAUAGUACAUGUGAAACGGUAUAGUUGGUCAUUAUCUAUCCAACUUUCAGAGCAUGUAUAUUUAAUAACUCAUGUUUGUAAUAUGUUGCACUGCUAUGCUUUCUCCACCUAGGAGAGUUGUAUGGUGAGUAGUUCUGUUAUUCUUGGCUAAUGGUUAAUGAGAGAAUCCACCUUGCAGUUACUUACC